AUGCAGAAAGCGGUGGUUCUGGUUUCUCUCCUGGUCCUGGGAUGGACCUGGACCAUCCAGGGUCUCCCUGUAAUCCCAGAACCUCUCUACCCCACACAGGAAAACUUUGAUCUGGCCAGGUUUUUGGGAACUUGGCACGAUAUUGCCAAGGCAACUACAUGUACCCAUAUGCAUAAAUACAAGGGAGAUGCAGCCAUUGGCAAACUGGUCCUGCAGAGAAGUACCACCCAGGGCAAAAUCAAGAUGACUCGAAAUGUACUCAGACAUGGAACAUGCAAGGAGGUCUUUGGGGACUAUGAGUUGACCACCACACCUGGACGAUUCUUCUACCAUGAUACAAAGUGGGCGGCAAAUGUGGAUGCCUAUGUGGUUCACACAAACUACAAUGAGUAUGCGAUACUAAUAAUGAGCAAACAGAAAUCAUCAGGGAAUAAGACCAUCUCUGUUAAGCUUUACAGUAGGACCAUGGAGGUGAGACCGACUGUGCUGGAUGACUUCAAAACACUGGUCAGACAGCAGGGAAUGAGUGACAACACCAUUAUCAUUAAACAGAACAAAGGUGACUGUGUUCCUGGACAGCAGGUGGCAAAGCCAACACCUCAGUCUGAGCUGCAGAGGGUGAAGAGAAGUGUUGUGCCUACUCUGGUUGCAGAUUUGGAGGCUUCUGGUGAUGACACACCUCUGUUCAAUGGGACAGAGGCCUGUAAAGCAGCACCAGACACAGGACCAUGUUUUGGGAUGCACCAGCGUUACUACUACAACUCCUCCUCAAUGAGCUGCGAGAUCUUCAAGUUUGGAGGUUGUUUGGGCAACCAGAACAACUUUCAUUCUGAGAGAGAGUGUCUGCAGAGAUGUCGCACUGAGGCUGUGUGUCGUCUGCCCCUGGCACCCCAACCCUGCACAGGACAUCCACUCAUCUGGGCCUUUGACUCCUCCAUUGGUCUGUGUUUGCCCUACAAACCUGGCUAUUGCCAGGCCAAUGCCAACAAGUUCUACAGCAAGGCUGAGUGUGAGGAGUACUGCGGGGUGGUCAAAGAUGAUCCUGAGCUCCUGAGAUUGGACUGA